AUGAGUCAUCAAAAACUCUUGAAAGCUUUAUGUCUGGGUACUUUCCUUAUUGCGCUAGCCCCUUCAACAACUCAGAAACCCUGGGGAAACCUCUCAACAAGGGAAACACCUCUACUGAGCCUCGCAGCCCACGAGGAUAACUCGCAGGUCGGAGAAGUUUCCAGCGCAUAUGAAAGAACCCCAAGCCUAAGCUCUGCAAGUGUAAAUUACCCGGGUGAAAAUCAUGAACCAUUGGAACAAUCACAACUCGACUCACCGAUUGCUCAUUUGGAAGAACAUCUCAACCCUGGGGCCGCAACUUGGAACUCGUAUUCUGAUGGGAUAAAUGCUCCCAAAAACCAAGACUCAAUGGAAAGUGAUGUGCCCCUAAUGCCUUACUGCCCCAAAGGCUAUGGAGAGUCAACACCAGACACUGGAGACAGUCAACAAUGGUAG